AUGGCCGUCUUGACACUAUUCCUGAGCGUCCAUGACGCGAGCGCUGCGACUCAAUCUCCUGGAUCUGCUGGUGGUCCAGCUGUAGAAUCAGCGACUCUACUACAAGCCUCAGCCGAAGGUUACAAACCACCACCUAUUACGACUGUGUCGUCGAAACGAACGCUGGCCUUGUCGGCCGAGCUUCUCACAUUGAAUGCCAAACUCUACGGCGCUUAUUGGUGCUCCCAUUGCUAUGAUCAAAAAGAGGCAUUUGGUAAGCAAGCCUUUUCCAAAAUCCCAUACAUUGAAUGCAGCAAAGAUGGUUACAAUCAACAAAAUGGCCUUUGCAAAGAGAAGAAUGUUCCAGGAUAUCCCACGUGGGAAAUUAAUGGGAACCUUUAUCCUGGCGAACAAGCAAUAGAAGAACUAGAAGGGAUUGUGCAGGAAGCAAAGAAAAACUAA